ACUAAAACAAAACUUCUUCCCACAUAAAGAUGCUAGGCUAUAAAUAAAACUAACACACCCUCAAGAGGAAUACUGGUAAGGUCAAUUCGGUUACGUUAACUGGUGUAUACAGACAAAUGAGCGUCACCAUUGCGAAGACAACUCCCAGAAGGUAUUCUCCACAGGUAGACAGAUGCACAUGCAAAUGACUGACGGGCACUUUUAGGAUUAUGGCCCAAGGACCGCAACAAUCACGCUAUAAAGUCUUUUCUGCGUGUGGAUAAUAUUAACUGAGUCGAAACCCUGGGUCCACAUCGAGUCAGUAAAUCGGAGCAGAUGGACCAGAUAUCGAUCCGGUCAGGAGUGGCCAGUAAUGGCACCGCGGAUGAAACAACCUCCCUUGUGGACGAAAGGUGGAGCGACGAUGAAGACGAGAGCUCUGAUUCCCAAGGACAGUGUCUUGUGAGCCCACAGACUCCUCUGCCAACUUACAAACAAAGGUUUGAGGAGUUUAAAAAGAUUUUCAAGGAGCUACCAGAGACAGAGACACUCGUUGUUGAUUACCCCUGUGCUCUCCAGCGGGACAUCCUCCUCCAGGGUCGCCUGUAUGUCACAGAAACCUACCUUUGUUUCUACAGCAAUGUCUUUCGAGGCACAAAGAUUACACUGAUUCUGAAAGACAUAAUGACAAUGACAAGAGAGAAAACAGCUCGACUGAUUCCAAAUGCAAUCCAAAUUUGCACAAGCACAGAAAAGCUAUUCUUCACGUCCUUCUCAGCCAGGGAAAAAAGCUACUUGGGAGUUUUCAGAAUGUGGCAAAAUGCAUUAAUGAACAAGACAUUGACGAGUUUGGAGUUGUGGCAGAUGGUUAAACAGCAUUAUGGGUAUGACCUGGGCCUGAGCCAUGAGGAGAUGGAGAGUUUACAGUUAUCAGCAGAAUCAAGCAUGCAGACCAGUUUGGCUUCAAGGACUGGUGGAGAUGACAGCCUUAGUCGUUUAGAGCGCACUCCUUCCCUUCGGCUCCCUGGGAUUGAACAAGGGCCACUAGAGGCAUCAACACCACAAGCAGAGGAACUGCCUUCUGCAGGACCCCAAACCUCCAACUCUCUCAAUGGGGAUGAUGUUCGCAACACCCCAUCGCAGAGCCGUAGUCCUGUGCCGUUGCUGGACCGUGGUACCCCUGAACGCAUUUCAAAGCGCUCCUCUCUUUCUCUCGACCUCAAUGCAAAUGAGAAUGGCAUUUCUGAGGAAAGUGGUUCCGAGAGUACUGAAGAAGUGGAGGACAGAGUGGGAUUUUCACAGGCGGCUGGCCGCCUUUAUCUCAACAAGGUUUUCCACGUCAGUGCCAACAAAAUGUUUGAAAUGCUCUUCACAGACUCCAGCUUCAUCCGCAGGUUUAUGGAUGUCAGGAAGAUAACAAACCCCAGCUUUAACCCCUGGCAAACAGACACAUCAGGAAACAAGAAGAGAAGUCUAAACUACACCAUAACGAUCAGUAACCCACUCAUAGGGAAGUUCUCCACUGCCACAGAGAACCAGACACUGUACAAAGAGUCCAGAGAGGGCCAGUAUUAUCUAGUGGACUCUGAAGUUUACACACACGAUGUUCCAUAUCAUGAUUAUUUCUACACACAAAACCGCUACUACAUAAUCAGCAUCUCCAAAAGGAAAUGUCGCCUUAGGGUUUACACUGAUGUCAAAUAUAAAAAACAGCCAUGGGGUUUAGUCAAGUCCUUUAUUACUAAAAACUCUUGGAGCGGCAUUGAAGAUUACUUCCGACAGCUUGAAGCGGAGUUACUUGAGGAGGAAGCGGAGCUGAACCAGGGGAGUGGAGAUGCGGGAAAGGGUGGACUACGCAGGAGGAGGCGAACGUACAGUCGGUCAAACCCAGAGCACAUAAAGCCCAGCAACCAGUAUGGGCAAAAUGCAGAACCACGCAGGGACAGCAUCAUAGGCCCUAUAGAAACAAUCAGUCCUCAAAGAUGGAAUGUCAACACAAUAAUUGCUGCUAUGAGCCUGAUUUUGCUGAUUUUGACAUUGCUGAAUCUGGGCUUGUUUUUUAAGCUGUGGGCAAUGGAGGAUAUUGCCCACCGAAUGUAUCUGAGUACGAAGCACAGACUAAGAGAGAGAGCCCAGUCCAGCAUAGCGCCUGAUUAUGGUGCUGCACAGGGACCUGGAUACCCAAGCAGGGAGCACCUUCACCUAUUAAAGACUGUACUUCAGGAUUCAAUUAACCUACUUGAACAGCUACGUAAAUCCUUGAUAUUGCUGCAGCAGAGUUUUGCAUCAGGUAACCAAACGACAAUGGUGUAAUGAAUGGACCACACCUGGUGACUGAAGCACAGUCUUUGUGAAGGAAAAGCCACUGUGGUGGAGUACCUGUCAGGAGAUCUGGUAUCCAAUGUCAUUGCCAUGUGACUGUCCCCAGACAAUGCCUUCUGUUACCAGGGUGGACAUGUCCCAGAGCCUCUGCAGAGCAUCAGGUGUUUUUAACUGUGUCAAAGGGUUGUACAGCCAGUGGCAUUGGGUUCCUGAAGGCUGCAAAUAUCAAGCGAGUUUUUUUUUUAAAUCUGUGGUACUGAAUGGAUAUUUUACACCUCCUGCUCUGUUUUUGUGUUUUUGACAUUGUAAAUAUAUAUUUUAAACCUUUUGAAUAAGAGAUAUGCAUAAAAUGUAGUAAAUGUAGUAAAUAUUAUUGCUUUUGUGAAUGACAGCAACUUUGCACAUUUUUUUUUUUUUAAGUUUAACUACUUUUUUACCACACUACAGAUGGGGAGCUACAUUUUGUCAUUUGACAUAAAUAAAAUAUUGUCAUCUUUUUAGUAUCAUGAAAAUGUGCUUUUAUGUGUUGUUGAACUGCUAAAAUGUUCUGGAAAUGUCCAAUUAAAGGAAAAAAAAAAACAA